AGCUAGGUCUUAAAAAUGAUGCAUUAUGCGUUGUGCAUAUAGGUGUUAACUUAUUCGGCGUAAAAUCCUGUGGAGCUGGCGUUUUACAAUGUUGGUUGUCAAGAUGUCGACAAAUCAAGGACAUCAAGGUCAGGGUGAUCAAAAACCUCGAAAGAAAGAAUCGAUUGUUGAUCUUUCGAAAUAUAGAGAUAAACUUAUUCGUGUGAAGUUUCAGGGUGGCAGGGAAGUCACAGGAAUUCUAAAAGGGUUUGACCCGCUUCUUAAUUUGGUCAUCGAUAACACUACGGAGUUCCUUCGUGACCCAGAUGAUUCGCUAAAAUUAACGGAUGACACGCGCUCGUUGGGCCUUGUCGUAUGCCGUGGGACAGCCAUUAUCGUUAUCCACCCGCAGGACUCUAUGGAACAAAUACCAAAUCCGUUCGUACAACAGCCACUUGACUAAUUGCUGGUUUGGCUGGUCACGGCAUAAUUAUUCAACUAAGCGAUCUAUGCUUCAUUUAUCACUUCAAAGAAAAAGACUAUGAAAGAUAAAGCUUAGCUGAAAAGUAUCUCUCAUUCACGCGGCUACUGCAUUUGUGCAACUGGAGGAAGUCUAGAAGCGUAUCACUGGAUACCUAACCUUUUUAGGCUGAGUUACUGACGAAUAUUGCAUGUUGGGGCAUAAUGUUGUUUAUUAGCUACAGAAUUCGUGAAACAGAAAAUGUUUUUGGCUUAAUCCUCACUCAAAUGUACACACUUCGCCCAUUAAGAGGUGUCUCCAUACUUACGAGGAUGGCAGUAGUUAACAAACGUUGUUUGUUAUUAUAACCAUUCUCAGCUCACACCACAUUAUAAUAUAUAUAUAUAUAUAUAUAUAUAUAAAUGGGGUACAGUUUAAAUAAUUUAGAAACAAACGCUCCAUUCCAAGUAUGCUGGUUGUAUAUAUACGUGUAUAAAACAGUGACUCUAUGUAUGUAUACGCGUGUUCUGAAAGGUUGAGCAGCUGUGGCAUGAAUCGUGGCGCAAGUUUUCUGUACAAAGAGACCGUUAAAUGCCAUGGUAAUCUAUAAAAAUUGUUGAAAAUAAACCUUGUUUAGUGAAGAAACCUAAAUUAACA